AUGAACCACAACAGUCGCAAUCACCAUCUUGUAGUCGCUUGUUGUCUAAUUUCAUUGGCUGUUCUUUACUGUUCUUUAGUUUUUGCUCAAGAUAUCACAUUGCCCUUGACUUUCAAUGUCAAUGCUCAUCGCUUCAAUUCUUCCUUGACCGUUCGAGGUACUGGAACUGUUAAAAUUCCGGUCACUCAAGCUGAUAUUACCCUCUCUGUGGAGGCCCAAAGACCAACUGCCACAGAAGCUCAACGAGUCGUGGGAGACUCUUCAGCUCGUGUCGUUCAAACCUUGCAACAAAUGGAUUAUGUUUUCAAAUUGAGAACAUCAUCCAUUUCAUUGUUUCCUGUGUACACCUAUAACGAAAGCUCAAAGGAGAGUUAUGUGAGUGGUUAUCGUUCAUCAAAUACAGUUUCCUUCUCUCUGAGUGAGUUGAGAAAUACUGGUGCCGUGUUGGACAAAUUAGUCGAGUUAGGUGUCACCACCAUUAGUGCCAUGAAUUUGGUGGCGAAUGAAACACAAAUAGCUCAAGCACGUAAUAAGGCAAACGAGUUGGCCGUGCAGGAUGCGAUGGCCAAGGCAAGUCGAGUGUUGAGUGCCAUCUAUGAUGCUGCUUCGAUGGAUAUCUUGAAACAACGAUUGGAAAUUACAGAAGUGAAUAUUGAAGGAAGUGCUCCUGUUGCUUUACCAGUCCCAAUGUACAGCGCAGCAGGAGGUGAUAACAGCAAGUUUGUGGCAUCUUCAGCAAUACCUGUGGUUGGAGGAGAUCAAACAGUAGAGUCCUACGUUUCACUUAAAUUGCAAUAUUAA